AUGAAGUCCAACCUCGUGUCCAAAAUCCUUGUGGGUGAGAGCUCUUCUCCGACCAAGAGAACUCUCAUUCCAUUCAAUGACAAUGAACAAUUGAAAACAAGUAACAAUAACAACAAAUUACAGUCACCAUCAACCCAUGCAGCAACAUCCUCUCCAUUCAGUAGUCGAAGUAGCAGCAGUAUGACUAUUUCCGAUUCGGUUGAUGAUUCAUUGAAUAAUCAUAAUACGUUGAAUUCUUCUCUCUCCGAGGAUGAUAUUUUAGAAACAGUUGAAAAGAGUGAAGAACAAAAUUAUGUAUUUGAAAUUAAUGAUUAUUCCAAGUUGACACCAUGGGAAAAAUUUGUAGAUCAAAUGGAAAGCUGUAUUGUGACAUGGUGCACCAAUACUCAACAUGUAAAACAUUCUCCGGGACAUGGUCAUCAUCACUCUGAUUUUUCACAUCAUUCUCAAUUGUUGGUCUAUGGAGGAACUAAAUAUAGACUCACUUAUUACAAUUUCAAAAAUAAUAACAACAAGAAUACUACCUUGAAUCAUUCUCAAACAUUAGAAUCUCCUCUUCAACAUUCUGGUGGCUAUUCCGAUACUAAUUUCUUAUUGGAACAUCCAAAUGAUUUUCCUCAUCGAUCUCAUCAUUUGACACGUUGGUUUGGAGUUCAAGAAUUUCUCAUUCUUUCAUUAUAUAUUGAAAAAAGAAAUGAUCAUUCUCCACAAAAACCUCUUUCAAAACAAGUGAUUACCACUUUAUUGAGUGCCAUUUCCAUUGCUCUUUCAAAUACUCAUUUAAACAUUCCAUAUUUUGUAUUAUGUGAUGGAGUUCAUGAUUAUAUUGGAAGAUUUGAUUCUUGUUCACAAAUAACAAGAUUUAAAAGUGAAUCUUUGAGAAAACAAUUAGAACAAAACAAAUAUCUUUCAUCUCGAUAUACAAAAUUAAGUGGAAUUAUUGAACUCUUUUGUUUUAAUAUUGGAAAACAUGUAAAAAUUUGUAAUGAAAUACAAAUCAAAGCAAGAUAUAAUUACAUUCUAGAAUCAUUUAAUUCACAACAAUGGAAUUACGUGAAGAAUGAUUUUUCAAUGAAAGAAUCUAGAAUUGGAUCUUUGGAUAUUCCUUUAGGUUGUAAAUAUGAUCCUAUUCAUUCCAUAACAAUGGCAUGUUUAUUUCCAAAUGUUCAUCAUCAUUCACAUCAUGAUAUUGAUGAAUUAGAUAUUACUUCCUCUUCAUCAUGGGAAGUGAGAAUGAAUGUUGCAAAAAGACCAGAACUCGAACACACAGAUGGUUUGCAUCGACUCUUGUUUGAUAUUUAUUUACCUUUCAAAUCUGAGAAUAACAAUUAUAUCAACACCUCAACCCAAGACAAUACGAAUUACAUUCAUGAAGCCAUUAUCGAUAUUUUUGAUGUCCAUAAUGAUUUUUCUUCUGGCUCACAAUUCAUGAAACAAUGUCAAUUAAUUCCAAAAAGUGAAAUCUCCUCUUACAUUCCCAAAUCAUGUCAUCCUUCGAGUUUAUUGAGAAGAUUUUGUGACCAUUUACCCAAAAUGAAGAACAUGACAGAUAUUUCUAUUCUAUGGAAGAAUUUCAUUCGAAUUUUAUUCAAAUUCUGGGAAGAAGCAAAUAUUCAAGAUAUUUCAGUGUUGGCACAAAUUACUCCAGAUCAAACAUUUAUUCCAUUCACCAAGGAUGAUGUGAGUUGGUCUCAAUGUUGUUUAUUAGAACAAAAAAUUGACAUGUUGAAUGUGUGUUGUAAACGUGAAUGUGAAAAAGCACGAGAGAAAUUUCAACGAAAAGAAUUGAAACGAAAACAUUUGAAAGAAGAAUGGAAAGAUUCUGGAUUGGAUAUUUCUUCUUCGGAUGAAGAGGAUGAUGAAUAUUUUGAUGUUCAGAGUGAGGAUGACAUGAUGAAUGUUAAUACGACCACCACGACCACCACGACCACCACCACGACCAACACCACCACCACCACAAGUAUUCAUUCAUCAGAGAUGGCUUCUCAUCAUCCACUCAUUCAACAAACACUCGAAAUGAAUGGUCGAAAAAUUAACAUUCCCAUCACUCAACACAUUCCAACCAAAACAGAGGAUGUUAUUGAGGAGGAACAACAGUUACUUUCGAAUAUGGAAUCUUCUCAGCAACGUGCAAGAUAUCAAUGUGAAAGUUUAUUAUCAGAUAUGCAAGCAUUUAAGUAUGUCAAUCCAAGUGCUGAUUUUUCAGAUUUUCUGCUUUGGUAUUCUCCAAAAGAUGUCAUUGAUAGCAGCAGUAGUAGUCUCAGUUCAAGAAUGAGUUCUCAAUCCAAUGAAAAUAUUUGGAAACAAUUUUGGGAUGAGGCACAACCCAAGCCAAUCUCAAAACAAAAAUCAUUAUUUGAUCACAAAUUACAUGCAGAGAAAGUCAUUCACUAUUUAGACACCGUAGAAAUGACCAAUGUCAUGGAUGAAUUAAUGAUAUGUUCUCUUGUUGCAACUUAUUAUUCAUUGAGAGAGUGGUGGAUGGAUAUUGUACAAGGUCAAACCAACUCCAUUAGGAGUGAGAAUGAGAAUACACAAUUGAUUGCAAUGGAAACACAUUCCAUAUUAGAAUCUACCACACCUGUGAUCACAAAAAUUGAAGAACGAUUUGCAUUCAUACGAGAAGUGUUGAAAAAACUCUCCAAAGAAUCCAUUCUUCAACAAACAGAUUUGUUAGAAGUACUCACAGAAAAAUUACAAGAAUUGGAGAAAUCCAUCUCGAUCGUUAUUUCUGUCUUGUCAAAGUUUGAUCAUGACAAACGAUGGCUAGAACAUCCAUUGCUCCAAUGCAUGGAAUUGUUAAUAUUCAAUGAGAAUUUUUCUUUAACUACUUCCAAGGAUGAGAAUACAACUAUUCAUCAACUACUGUGCAAGAAAUGUACUGAAAAAGAAGACAACAACAGUGAAGAGGACAAUCAUCAAUUGAACACUGAGCUGCUUGUUUCGAAACGAGCAGUGAUGAUUCAUGCAACAGAACAUGCCAGAGAAUUCAUUUUGAGAUGUAAUGCUCUAAGACCUUAUCUCAACUCGGAUGCUACUCCUCAACUCUUAUAUGCUCUCAUAUCGAGAGAUGAAAUUCGUGUUUCUACUGCCUUAACGGAAAAGGUACCGUGGUAG